CACUAACAUUUCGGACGCGCCAAACUUCUGGUGUCUUCUCCGGCACAUUCACAAUUAGAUACCGGAGUUCUUUUGCCAAUAAAAGAAUCUAAACUGCUCUCUCUGCUCGUUUCGACUGCUGCUGCGUUUAAUUUUGAUUGCUUGCAUAAUUAUUCGAAUAUUUGGACUUUUGAAAAAUGUCGAUUUCAGAUUUCCGUAAGAAGAAAUUAUUAUUCUUAUUCAACGUGUUCUUUGAUGUGAACCAAAGCGGUGAAAUUGACGUUAAGGAUUUCGAAUUGGCCAUCGAGCGUGUCUGUCAACUCCGUGGUUGGGCGAAAGGUACGCCAAAGAACCAAGAAACUCAUUCUGUCAUGUUGGAAAUCUGGGAAGGUUUGCGUUCGCAAGCUGACAAAGAUAAUGACGGUCAGGUAUCUGUGGAGGAAUGGUGCAAUAUGUGGGAUGCUUACGCCAAGGAUCCGAGCACUGUAAUGGACUGGCAAAAUAAAUACAUGAAUUUUAUGUUCGAUUUGGAGGAUGCAUCCAAUGACGGUGGUAUUGAUGCCUCCGAGUUCGCUCUAGUUUGCUCUAGUUAUGGCCUAGAGAAGAAGGAAUGCGAGCUGGCGUUUAAGAAAAUGGCGCGCAGUCAAGAUGAGGUCACCCGUGAGCAAUUUGCCAGCUUAUGGGAAGAGUAUUUCUCCUCCGAAGAUCCAUGUGCACCGGGAAAUUUUAUUUUUGGCAAAACCUCAUUUUAACGUCCUUAAGAAGCGUGUACAAGAAUCGAAGGAGCAAGGUUUUUAAGCAAUCUCAUUGAAGAAUUGAAACUCUCAGAGUUCUGUAGAAUUAUUGAAUAACUCAAAUAGGAAAAAUAGAAAACAAAA